AUGGCAAUGAUGCUUUCCUCCCAAACCGGAACAAUCCUCCGCACCCCAUUCCUCCCUUCCCACUCGAAACUCUCCAGCCGCCUUCCUCUCACCUCCGCCGCCGCCACACUUUCUCUCCCAUCACAAAAGCCCUUAUCUCUCGCCCUCAAAGCCCUUAAAACACGAGCCUCUCAGACUGUCACCACCAAACGACCUGCAGUUAGGGUUCGCCUCUCAUCCCAAUCCAUACAAAUCCCCGCAGAGUCACAAUCCCAGCUCACUGGGUCAACUCGAACCCUCGCUACUAUCCUAACCCUAGCUCUCUCUCUAUCACGCAUCUUCGUCAAUUCAAUUCAGAAAUUCGUCCUUUCAAUUUACUGUUUCCCCAACCCUGAUCAACUCAUGGCGAUUCGUGCUCUACAAACCAACCUGGUUCACUCAGUAGGCCCGCUUUUCUUCGCGGCGCUUAAGGACCGUCCUACCGGGUAUUUAAACACUCCAUUGACGGUGGUUGCGGCAGGUUUGGCUAAAUGGCUCGAUAUAUACAGUGGGGUUUUGAUGGUUAGGGUUUUGCUUAGUUGGUUCCCUAACAUUCCAUGGGACCGUCAGCCCUUAUCAGCUAUAAGGGACUUGUGUGAUCCUUAUUUGAACUUGUUUAGGAAUAUAAUUCCUCCUAUAUUUGAUACUCUUGAUGUUAGCCCGCUUUUAGCGUUCGCGGUUCUGGGUACACUUGGGUCCAUUCUUAAUAGCAGCAGAGGAAUGUCCACAAAGAAAUUAUGUAGGUUCAAAGAAGAACGCAUCGCACAAAAGCUGUAG